AUGGCGGUCAAGUUGAAGAAUCUUGAUUUGUCUAUGCUCUGUUUAAUCAGAUUUCACUCCAACGUGUUGAACAUAAGACAUCUUAUUACAGCUAGGACAUAUGAUGAACAACUAUUAAUUGAGGAUGAUGAGUUGAAUUUGCUAUUUGAUGAGAAUCAGCACAUGUAUGCUCUUAUAGACGAAAUGUUUGGAGCAACAGAAGAUGAUGCUGAUAGGCAAUUAGUCAGGAUAAACCGAGGUGAAGGUUGGCGACGUGUGCAACGUUUUAUAAACGACUCUGAGUAUGGGUUAGAAGAGACUCUUAAUGUUUACCUUGAGGAGAGUGUUGCAAUGUUCCUAGAGACAGCUGGACAAGACGCAACAGUACGGGUUAUAGCAGAGCGUUAUCAGCAUUCAACUGACACUGUGAGUAGGAAGCUAGAAGAGGUUUUAAGUUCUGUCUUGAAGCUUGCAUCAGACAUUGUGAAACUGACUAGGAAUGAGUUCACAAAUGCUAGUGCUUUAGAUGGUACCCAUGUUCCUGUUCGUCCAUCAUCUGGAAAUGUGGAGCCAUUCAGAGGUAGAAAAGCUGAAGCAACCAUGAAUGUGUUGGCUAUAUGUAAUUUCGACAUGAGAUUCAUAUAUGCUUAUGUUGGGGUUCCUGGGAGAGCACAUGACACAAAGGUGCUAACAUACUGUGCUACUGAAGAAGCUUCUUUUCCUCACCCUCCAGCUGGAAAGUAUUACUUGGUCGACUCAGGUUACCCAACCAGAGAUGGUUACUUAGGUCCUCAUCGCAGAACUAGGUACCAUAUAGAUCAGUUUAACAGAGGAGGUCCACCAUCAAACAGUAGGGAGUUGUUCAACCGCAAGCACUCUGGUCUAAGAUCAAUUAUUGAAAGGACUUUUGGUGUAUGGAAAGCUAAAUGGAGGAUUUUAGACAGAAAACAUCUCAAGUAUGAGCUGAAGAAAUGGAUAAAGAUUGUUACAGCCACAAUGGCCCUCCACAACUUCAUUCAAGAUUCACAGCAUGAAGAUAUCGACUUUUCACAUUGGGAAGGAGUGGAAUCAUAUGAACAACAUGGUGAUGAUCAAGAACAAGAUCAUGUUCCAUACAUUUCGGCGGGUGAUAGAGUGAUGGAGAGUAUGCGUGACUCUAUUACUGUGGAGAUGGCAAGAGGAACUAGACUUCCAUAUUAG